AUGAAUGGCGACAGACGGAAUUUCAUGACGCGACAAAAAAUCUCCAGCUUCCAGGGCCUGCAGGCCUACUACAUGAACCGGCUCGUCAAGCUCCUCCAUGGCGUCUCAUCCAAGAAGAAAAACUGCUUGGUGUGGCAGAACGUUUUCGACAACGGAGUUCGGUUGGGUCCCGACGCCGUCGUUCACGUCUGGAAGGGAGACUGGGAGACGGAAUUGGCAACGGUCAGAGUGAAGGUUUGUCGGGUUUCUGCUGAUCUGCUGCAGCGGAUCGGCUGUGGUCCCCGAGGGAGGCGCAAGACGCGGACUUCUUCGCUUCCAGGAUGA